AUGAGAUGUUCCCCUUGGGAGUUGGACCCGGAUUUCAAUAAACUGGAGGAUCCUUUGGUGUCAGUGGUUUUGAAGACGGUGGUGUGCCAACCAGGUCGACACAUGUGCCUGACAACUAUCAACCAUCAGCAGUUCUUCACUGAUUGCGUUCUUCAAAAAGGGAUUGAAAGCCAUGUCAUCCUCAAUGGAGUCUUGCAAUACAGUGAAGGGAAGUGGUGGAUCAAAGCUGGACCUGACACGAGGACAUUCCCCAGACAGGUAGCUGAAAUGAAGGGACUCUACAAAGUGAUUGACGCUUGCAGUGGAAUUGGGGCAGUCACUCAGGGCUUCACAGAAUGUGGUGCUCAAAUUGUAUGCCACAUCGAAUCCAACCAAGCUUUUCACCAAUGGCAGGAAGCUCGCUCUCAGAGCCCAUGCAUCCGAGGUUGUGUCAAUGACCCCAACACAGUGUAUGAGCGGACCCGCUGGUGGGCCAUCAUUGCGCAUCCGGCCUUGUCUGUCCAGUCCAUCCCACCCAUGCCGUCCAUGAGAUUUGUCCCAAGUGUCAUGCAUUUGAUCCGAAGCAUGCUGCCGAUGUCCGAGAGUGAAAUGGCCCAGUUGGAAAGAGACGAAUGGUGGCCAACCCAAGGACUGUCGAAAUCAAUGAAAGUUUUCCACCAAGAGGUUGAAAGCCUGGAUACACCGUGUAUCUUUUUGCCACCUGAUGAUUUCACACAUGAUGUCCUCAACAAGCAAGUGCCUGAUGAAAAGAUGUGCAAUGUCGAUAUAUCCAAGACUCACCCGCUUGCAUCCGACGUAUGCCCAACAAAGCAGUCACCCCUUCCACGACCAGGGUGUGGGGGUGAUGAUCGCGCAGAAAAGACAGACCAGACGGGAUUGCCAGCCUGCACACACGACAUAGCAGGUCCACACAACCUCAGCCUGGACAAUGACUCAGCACAUCCCCUUCCACGACCAGGGUGUGGGGGAACAGAUAAAUCAUCAGGAGUUUUGCAUCCGAUCGAACCAGCAGUGCUGAGUGAAGCGAAGAGUGCAUCCGUUUGUCCAGCUGUGCAUGGCCAUGCCAGUCCCUUUUCACGACCAGGGUGGGGGGAGCAUGGUAAAGCAUCCGAGCAUCCGCCAGAGAAGAAAACCAUUAGUGAGGUUUCCCAUCCAGAGUCAGUGCAACAAGACUUGACCAGGCAGGCAGGUGAAUGCAAUGACCAAGCAAAGCACAUGCAUCAGGCCACACCAGUGACCACCCAUGUCCCGCCCACCCUCUUUCAUGCCAAGCCCCUUCCACGCUUAGGGUGUGGGGGCCCCGCCCGAAUGGAGAUAGGAAAGGAACAAGAGGGAAAAGAAUGUCAACAUGAGGGUCAUAACCAGCCUGAUGUACCUGAGAAAUGCCAUCCGAGCUUUGUCAUGCCAAUCCAGUCCGCCAAUAGCGAUCUAGUAGGUGGUGAGAGUAUGGAUGUCAAAGACAUCACAGACCAAGUACCUCAUCGAAGCAACGGAAUAAAACUGGAAGAAUACAUGAUGCACCAAACAGGUGUACAACACUGCCCCUCCGAAGGAGGUGAAAGUGAAAAUGAUCCAGCCAACUGGACCAAAGCUUCCGAUGACCGACCUACCAGUCAUCCAAAUGGGAAAAACCACCCGGCAGGUUCCGCUACCGAUGGCAAGGAAGCUGACACAGAUGCCCAUAACGUUUUUCAAAAAAUGCAAAAUCAGGAUCCAAAGCAUGCCAAAGCUGUUGAUGGUUUUCUGAGUGCAGAGCAACCCCCCAUGCAGUCAGGCCGCCAUGUCCCGCCCACCCUCUUUCAUGCCAUGCCCCUUCCACGCUUAGGGUGUGGGGGCCCCACCCAAAUGGAUGAAGAAUCACCAGUAGAAAAAAGCAGUGUUCACAGCCAAAGCAAUGCUGACGAUACUGAUCAGGUCAGGUAUGAAGUGAGCCAGGAAUCGCAGUGCCAAGACGACCCAUACCCAGACGAUCCCAUCUCGGAUGAUGAACGAUCAACUGCUAGUGAUCUCCUGCCUCGGCAAGAAGAAACAGACCAGCAGCCGCAGCAAAGGAAGCAGCCUGACCACAAGGUGCAUUCCACCGAUCAUGACUUCUAUGAUGACCCGGAGUUUGAUCAAGAAGUUGUCCAAGCCCUCAAUGAACAAACAGUGACUCCUUUUGAUCGCAGUGUUUUUCGCCUUGGAGCAGUGCCAGGUUUUGCCGUGAAACGCAAACAACAGAUGCCAGCAGGAGCGCCGAAAUACCCAAAACAUUUCCCCGCACACACGGAGGGAUCCCAGAAUGUUGCAAAAUGCAGUAUAGAAAAAACUGUAACAUCGAACCAUGAGGAACCAAAGCAGGCUGUACACCUUCCCCAAAGCGUUGGUGAUGCAGGCCCAGCCAAAGUAGCAGCAUAUCAUGAGUCCCAUCAACAUGCCAGAUCUGACGAUGUAGCAAAGGGUGAAAGUCAGGGGCAACAUGGUUUUUCCAACCCGGAAGACAGAGCCCUUGGUGAUAGUUGUCCAGCAGACUCCACCAGAGAAGACACAUGUCAAGUUUUUGUUGUUGAACCGGGGGAGGGGUUUUUCCUUGUGCAAACUCAGGCAACCCAUACUGUUGCCCACCUGGUUGCAGCCACAAAUGCCGAGAUCAAUGAGAACAAAUAUGGAGGAGUUACAACGGUUUUUGGUAGCCCAAUUUCCCCAGACACCUCAGUGAAGCACCAAGGCUGGUAUAUGCUCCAAGCCGCAGAGCCCAACCAAAGUGAUUCAGCUCAGUUCUGCCCUGCGUUUCCUCAGCCCCCAGUGUUGAUGAACAAAACGCGAGGAAGAUUGCUGUGGGAUCAAAAAGGGUGGGUUGCGGAUGAUGAAAUGGAGUACUACCUGUAUAUGAUUGAGUGCUAUCGGCCUGGAUCAGUUUUUGGGAUUCUGCAUUUGCCUGACCGUUUGGAUCAACAUACCAUGCUCACUGAGUACGUACUGAGGGUAGCCAAUGCAGCCUCUGCUGACCCAGAUGGAGGACUCAAGGCCUUUGUCAUCCUUCACAAUGGCCACUGGAUACCAGUCAUCAUACGUGCGCAGGGAAUCAUGAUCCAACUGCUGACCACCCCACAGUCAGUGCAUUGGAUUCAGCUCAUGCUUGAAGCAGUGAUCGGAAACGAAGCAGUCCAAUUCUCUGCCAGUGUCAUGCCAAAUGCCUUUGAAGCGGAUUGUGGAUUUCAAGCAGUUGGAUGGAUCCUGUCCACCAUCUUGGACGACACAACCAGUGUACCGUUUUCCGAAGAACAAGCAGCACAGUGGAGAGGGUUGUUUUAUGCUGACCUCCAAUACACUGGAAGAAAAGACAACAUGAUCACUCACCAGUUGACCCUGGGAGGCAUGCAAGUGCAGAGAGACCAACUGCAAAAGCUUGUCACAGAACAUGGCGUAGCAGCAGGACGAAGUCAAGAAUGUGCAGAACAGCUGAUCCAAGCGUUAGGCCUCCCUGCCAUCAAGCAGAUCCUAGGCUCACCCAAACCAUGGGCAGACUUGAAGUCCCGAGCAAGUCUUCAGCGUCCCUCAAUCAGGAUCGUCCUGGCCGAGGAGUUGAAAACCCUCAUCCAACAAAAAGCCCAGUCGCCCACACCAGUGGGAAACAAAGCCAACAAGGUCAAGAACAAAAUGCCACAGAAGCCACCACUCCAGCUGAAAGCCGAAAUGCUUGAGGUACCCCAUGCGGUGUUUAAGCAAAAUGACGGAGUUGAGUUGAGCCAGAUUGGUGCCGCCCAAAUUGCUCCAGGCUGCCAAGGAGUUGCAAUCGUCAACAUUGCCGAAGCAUUGCCAUACUUCCAGCUCAAUGAAGCAGUAAGCCAGAAAGGAGUUGCUUUGCUUGUCCUUGAGUUUGAUGACCCAAGAUUGCCGCAGCAGCACAAAGUAAUGAAGGUACCAGUCCAAAGCCGUGGUACUCAUGACCCUUUGAUCGUCAAAGUAGCGGUUGUUCAAAUAGGUCAACAAACAGUGGUGAGAAACACCCCAGCUCAGACCAUUGCAGUUCCAGAAGUGCCAAAUCAAGUUGUCCGGGUCCUGCUGUUCAAAGACCAGUAUGCAGGAGUCUGGAACGAUUUUGUGAAGAGCCCAGUCAAGUGCCUCAUGCAACAGGAGCCAUUCAGACAACUGCAACCAAGUGAUGUCAUAGAUGUAUGGGACCGGCAGUUCAUGACCACCAGAAUGCAACGAGUCCAACCGGAAGAAGCGGACAUCUUCAGUGUCAACCUGCGAAUCAACCAAAAGGUGCAAGAAGAAGUCUUCAAAGCAAAUGGGUGCCAUGGAACAUACAUUGAGCCUAGGACACAGGACGGAAGACAUCCAGAUGAAGCCUUCCAAGUGGUUUGGUUGCCCAAGAAGUCCUUCAGUGAGGCCCAGGUCAGCCAGCAAACUUCCAAGACACCAACUACUCUGGUCAGACAAGCUGACAGGUAUGGGCUGCGGGUAGCGAGCCAUGAAGCUGAGGCACUCCAUCAACUGCACAGGCCUGAUCUGGUGUACAUACAGGGGACGGAACUUGUCAAGUAUCGAGUGGGCCCCAUGCCUUUUGGCUCAACCAAACAGUCCCUGGUUCAUGUCUUUUCUAAAUGGGAAUGGAAAGCCCGGCCGGUUGCACCACAAGGCCAAGCAAAAGACCGUUCAGGGGUCAUGUGGCUAGUGCAAGCAGCAGAACCACCAUCACAUUGGAUCUUUCAAUUGUCACAUGGAGACGUGCUGAUAUCCCCAGAAGACAAAGUGAUUCCAGUGCAGCAACCACCCCAAGCAGUUGUAGCUUCGUCCAAGACCAUCCAAGCACUUCAAGCCAAUGCAGUGACCAACAGUCCUGAGGACCCGUGGAUUCACCAUGACCCAUGGGCCCGGCCAAGCACACGAGAAAUGCCGACAAGCCAGGUUGCAUCUCUUGAAAGCAGGAUUGAACAAAGCAUCAUCGCCAGGAUGAAACAGCAUGAUGUCGAUAUGCCGGAACAUGACACGAAGGUGACUGAGCUUGAAGCCAGGCUGGAUCAACUCAAUCAAACAGUUGUGGCCAAUCAACAAGAAGCGGCCAGACAGCAUCAAGUUGUCCAGACUCAGCUCACUGCACUGGAUAACAAAGUUGAUCAACAACAGGGGUUUUUCCAAAACACAUUGGAAUCAAAACUGGAGCAGCAGAUGCAGCGAAUCGAGCAGUUGUUCAGCAAGAGACAGCGCACCAAUGAGGCGAUGACAGCAACGUGGCCAGAAGAGGAAUGGCUAAACAGCCGUUUUCAUGUGUGCCAAGUUUUCCAUCGCCUGUUAACGGCUUUUGAAAAACAGCUGAAUGCACAGCGGAGCACAGAAGCCAAGAAACGCCGCCAAGACGACCCAGUUGUCAUUUUCCAAGACCUUCGUGAUGAAAAACCAUUGCCAGUGCAAAUGUUGGUAGAUCAAAAACAAGCAGCCAUCACGGAACUUGACUUUGAAGAAUCAGCAGUAAUAAUGCAUAAGGAUAUCCAAUGGGACCUAGCCCAACCAGCGCGGUCCGAAACUAAUUCUUUUGGUAUUAUUGCAGCAGAAGAAAGCAAAAUAUGGCUGGAAUCUCUAGACGAUCUUGCACCAGGCAUGACACUUGAGCAGGAAAGAUACAUUGGGAAAUUGCCUGAGAUGUUUGCCAAGUUUGGCGAAGAGUGGAGGGCCCGGUGGGACAGACAUUAUGAUGUCGACCCUGAUAGGUGGGACCCCAUAAUCCAAUUUGCCGACCUGGCGUUGCCUAGACCCCCACCUAUGCAAUAUUGCCCCAUCACAAAGGAAGAGUGGACCAAAGCUUUGAAAUCCAAACGGAAAAAAGCAGCUACUGGCCCCGAUGGGGUAAGCAGGCAAGACUUGUUGAACCUGCCGGAUCAGGCAACCGAAGCCUUGCUUGAACUGUUUGCAGGCAUUGAAACAGGCAGUGUCCCAGGCCGUCAAGCAGCUGAUAUCUGGUAUCACAUCAUGGCACAAAUCGAGGUAGCCCAAUAUGCACAAAUGGACCUGACCGGUGGAGUAGUUGACCUUGAGAAAGCUUUCAACAUGCUCCCACGAGAUGUUGCAGCCUUUUGCUUGGCGGAACUCCAUUUGCCCCGCAAAACAGUGGUGCCGUACACAGACAGUGGUUGUGCCCGCAUUUUGCGGCAGUCAGAAAAUUGGCCCCGGAACAGGUUGAGGGACUUUUGGUGGGUCCAGACUGCCUUGCGAGGAGAGUUGUGGGCAGCAAUCAGUGCCAUGAAAUUUGCAAUCCUUCAGAAAUGUCAAAUCAGUAACGAAGCAGCUGACAAGUUAGCACAGACAGCCUUUUGCCGCCAUGGCCAGAUAUACCAAGACUGGACUCAACUGCAUCGCGAUCUUGAAGCAAUUCAUAUCAUGAGGAACCAGGUUCAUGACACCAUGAUAGCCGUGGCUCAAGUGGCGGUACAGAGUCAAGUGCCAACUGGUGGCGCGCAAGACAAGCAGCACCCAAGCAGGAUUGAUGCACAAGAAGUACGAGCAGUUGAUUUUUCUUCUCUCAUCGAUGAAAGCUUUGCGGAAAGUUACCAACGCGAAGAAGCAUCAAAGAUAGCAGAAUGGCUUCAAACGGUAUGUGAUCAGGAUGCGCCGGUCCAGGCGGUCUCCUGGUUCCAACUGAAUGCUUUGUAUGAGUACCAAACAAACGCCAAAGGUUCUCAGGGCUCGUUUCAAAACACCUUGGGGACCACGGAGUGCAAAGCGUGCGAAGCGGGCUCGGUGUCAGCAACGGCGGGAGCCACAGCCUGCGACCUAUGCGGCUUGGGGCAGUUUGCAGAUAAGAAGGGCAUGACAGCCUGCCACCGCGCCCUGCUUCAACAUGCCCCACUAUUCAGUGGUGGAGCGGUGAGGAGUUAG